AUGUUCGACAACAUUGAUUUUACACAACCUACGCUGUGGGUUUCUGCCGUUAGCAUUGCAUUCAACCCCACAUUCUGGAAUAUCGCCGCGCAGUCAGAAUACCAUAACAAAGUCAUCACGAACCUUUUCGGCGGCAACAGUCGAUAUGGAUGCUAUGCGCUCGCCGUAGCCAUUUUCUCCCUUGGCAUCUUCAGGGACUACCUCUAUAACGAGGCCCUCGCCGACCAACCCACCUCCGCGCUCCUCGAAAACCCGCUCGUCAAAUACUCCGCCAUCCCGCUCUUCCUCACCGGCAACACCCUUGUCCUGACCUCGAUGUGGGCGCUCGGCGUCACCGGCACGUACCUGGGCGACUACUUCGGCAUUCUGAUGGACGCGCCGGUGACGUCGUUCCCGUUCAACGUGUCCGACGCGCCCAUGUACCACGGUUCGACGCUGAGCUUCCUGGCGACCGCGCUGUGGUACGGAAAGCCCGCGGGGCUGUUCCUGACCGGCGUUGUCGCCGUCGCAUACGCCAUCGCCAGGCAGUUCGAGGACCCAUUCACUGGCAUGAUCUACCAGAAGAGGGACGAGGAGCGCGCCAAGGGCAAGAAAGGCUUGUAG